UCCGGGGAUCCAGACCGACGACGACGACUAAACUCGCCCGACGACGCGUCACCAUGGGCCUGUGAAGGCGGCGUUGAAGGAACGGGCCCUGAGGAGGAGGAUCGCCGGGCGAGGGCGACGGACAGGAAGCGGUUAGACUUAAGCGGAGAGCAGGCGGGGGAGGUCCCUACCUGUCGCGGCGGCGACGGGAACGCGACGAGCUGGCUGACGCGCAGGCAAGCACGCACGCCCGCUCGACCAACAACCGACCGGCUGUCAUGACCGCCAUGUUAUUCCGGAGGAGGAACAGCAGCAGCGGUGUUACGUCGUGCGUGCCGUCGUUGGCGCUCUGCCUCCUGGUGCUCGGCGCCGCCGGCCUCGACGAAUCCGGAGUAGACAAAUCGAAGGAGCCGAAUGCCGAGCAGACCGCGUCGUUGGAGAUCGUAUCGUCGCAGAAUAUCGAGGGUAUAGAAGCAGGUAGCACACCGUCGCUGGAAUGCUGGCUCAACGGCGUCACUGGCCAAGUCUGGUGGAGUAGCGGCGGCAGGAACCUCACCACCGUCAGCUCGAACUUGGGCAACCGACUCGACAUCAAGAAGGCUAGCAGGAACGACACGGGCGACUACAAGUGCGUAGCACAGACCGCCGAUGGCACACUGCUCGAGAAGAACAUUCACAUCCGAGUGAUAGAACCCGGCAGAAUAACGUCCGGCGGUGAUGUGAGAGCGGGAGUGAUGGAAGCGGCCAACUUGACGUGCCACAUACACGGUUAUCCAUUAUCCCAAUUUAGUUGGUUAAAAGGGAAUGAUUCAGAGAGCAGCGAGCAUUUGAGGGAUCUGACCGUCGUCACGCCGAUUAACGAGACCUACGCCGUCUUGAGCCUGGAAUUCAAGAAUCUGGCCAAGUCCGGCAAGGACAACGGCACGUACGUGUGCCGGGCGAACGACUACAACGGCUUGGUGAGCACCAUCGUGCAUCUAUUCGUCGUCGACGUGCCGAAAGUCAGCAUCGACUUCAUGAAAGCGGUCGGCGCGGGCAGCAUAUUUUUAAACUGGACCGUGAACGACGGCAACGAGCCGAUCAAGAAGUACUUCAUUUAUCACAUGAAGAACGGCACGGAUCAGUAUCACUACUACAUGGAGCAGAUCGGCGGCGGUAACUCCAGCUACAUUCUCAAGGGGUUCGAGAGCGGUACCGCGUAUCAGAUCGGCAUUGGCGCUACCAAUGCGGCGGGCGCAUCGCACAUGCAAUUGGAUCCGCGUUGGAUCACCACGCUUGAGAAAGAUCCGGUCUUUGUGCCGAAGGUGUCUGUGAACGGCGUGACAAAGAACUCGAUCACAAUAGGUUGGACCUUACCGCCGCCGGAUUUGAAGGAGCACGUGCAUUAUUACAAUUUGAUGGCCACCCACGCCGAUCAGAAGAGAGAAGCGGUGUAUCCCGCACAGUCGAUCACUGUGUACGCCUUCAUAGACCUCGACCCGGCGACCACUUACAAGUUCAAGAUAGCCGCAUGUAGCGAGUACACGAAGCAAUGUGGCAACUGGAGCACCGAAGUGAACGGCACCACUCUGGAUGGAGUGGCCAGCCCUCCGAAGAAUCUCACCGUUUAUUGUAGCUUCGACAACAUAAGCAGCGCCAGUUUCAUCUACAUCACGUGGGAUCAUCCGGAGAAGCCGAACGGCGUGAUACAACGAUACAAUAUACAAGGAAACGGCACAGCCGUGUUCAAAGACGACACGGGGCGUCUGAAUAACGUUAGCUUCGACCUGCCGAGCUGGAGCGUGUACAAGAAGAAUAACGCGCGAUACAGCCAUGCGCUCCCCAAUACAAAUUACACGGUUCGUGUACACGGAGUGACCAGAUCCCGCACUAACGGCAUGGACGCCGUAGGGAACUGCACGACGCCGGUGGCUGUCCCGGAACGGGAGAGCAUGAAUAUGCGCAGCUGGCGGAAGAUCGAGAGCCAGGGGAGGCAGUUGUUCAAGCUCCACCUGCCGCGUAUCACCGAGCGGAACGGCCCGAUCUGCUGUUACCGUGUUUACCUGGUGAAAUUACCGCCGCAGAAGACGGUCAGCGACCUGCCGUCACCGGAGGAAACCAUGGUCUACUCUUACCAGUACGCGCACAGUUCGCCGAUCGGCGGCGCCUAUAUCGCGGAGACGUUCGACAGCGACCAACUGUCGUCCGAGAUUUUCCUCGGCGACGGCGAGUCGUCCAACGGCGGUGCCAUGUGCGACAAGUGUCUCGGACUGCGGCCGAAACCGGCACCGCCGGUGUUGCAUCUCGUUCCCGACGUUCAGACGACGACUUAUUCAGCCCCGACGAGCAACGGAACCACCGCUACCGCCGCCAUCACCACCACUACCACCACCACCACCACCACCACCACCGUCGCGUCAACCAUGCCACCGACGACGCCUUUGAGCAGCAGCAGCACGAUCAUCAGCACGUCCACCGCAUCGACCACCAGCAUUACGGAUACCACUGUGACCGCUACCACUACCACCGUGAGAAUGGACACGACUACGGCUGUACCGAUGCUGAAUAACACGGAGAAGGCGGAGAGAAGGAAGAGAGAGGACUCACCUGUGCAAAGAGCGUCGGUGGAUGGAUCUGGGGAGUCCGGCAUGUUUUCGACUCACGACGGCUUCCUCGACGAGACGUCAAAUUACACUGGUUUCAUCGAAAUUAUCGUGUUCGGCGAUCAGAAGGACCAGCUUCUACCAGCUUACAGCGGUUACUUCCAUCCUCUCUACGGUGGGGUGGAUCCGCUCAGCAUCACGGCCGUAGAGGUGACCACUCUAGGUGUGAUACUGCAACUCUCCAUCGCUUUAAUACUAUUCAUCAUCGUUCUGCUGAUCGCUCUCUGUAUACUGCACAGAUACACAAAACGUGCUCAAGAAAGGGAGGAGAUCAUAACGCUACGCAAUAGUUUCAGGCAUCUCUGUAGAAGUCUGAGAGGAAGACAUCAGCUCGUGGCGGCGAGUCCGCCGGACAUGCCACCAGUACCCAAGUUGGAACUGCUGCAGGCGUACUUGGAGCGGCAUCGGGACUCGGAUUACGGCUUCCAGCACGAAUUCGAGUUGCUGCCGGACCGUUUCACGGACCGGACGACGCGCGCGUCCGAGGCGCAAGAGAAUCUCUACAAGAAUCGUUACCCGGACAUCAAGUGUUACGACCAGACGAGAGUGCGGCUGGCGCAGAUGGACGGUAUAUGCGGCUCCGACUACAUCAACGCCAACUUCGUGCUCGGCUACAAGGAGCGGAAGAAGUUCAUCUGCGCCCAGGGCCCGAUGGAGAACACCGUGUGCGACUAUUGGCGGAUGAUCUGGGAGCAGCACCUGGAGCUGAUACUUAUGUUGACGAAUCUCGAGGAGUACUCGAAGACCAAGUGCGCCAAGUAUUGGCCGGACAAGCGGGAGACCAAGAACUUCGGCGACAUCACGGUGGAACACGUGAAGGAACGCGCAUACUCGGACUACGUGGUGCGCGAGCUGAAGAUGACGCGAUUGGGGGAGCGUGACGCGCGCACGAUCGUGCAAUACCACUUCCUCGUGUGGAAGGACUUCGUCGCGCCCGAGCAUCCGCACGCGAUAUUGCGCUUCAUCAAGCGCGUCAACGAAGCCUACUCGUUGGAGAAGGGCCCGAUUCUGGUGCACUGCAGCGCCGGCGUCGGCCGUACCGGCACGUUGGUGGCGUUGGACUCGUUGCUGCAACAGCUCGCCGAGGAAGGCCAGGUGUCCAUCUUCAACACCGUGUGCGAUCUGCGGCAUCAGCGCAACUUCCUCGUGCAAUCGCUCAAGCAGUACAUCUUCAUCUAUCGCGCCCUCAUGGAGAUGGCGCAAUACGGCGACACGGAGAUCCUGGCGUCCCAGCUUAAGCCCACCGUCGCCAAGCUCAGGCAGAGGGACAACGGCAAGGAGAAGUGUAGGAUGGAGGAGGAGUACGACAAAAUCAGUUCCGUGCUGGAGGAUCGGAAAUCCUUCUCCGUCGGCGGCGGGGAGGAGAACAGAACGAAGAACAGAAGCGAAUUGGUGAUACCUUACGACAGAAAUCGUGUGAUACUCACCCCUGUCCCGGGUAGGGAACAUUCGACGUAUAUAAACGCAUCGUUCAUCGAGGGUUACGACAAUUCUGAGUCAUUCGUCAUUACGCAAGACCCGCUGGAGAUCACCAUAACGGAUUUCUGGCGUAUGAUCUCGGAGCAAUGUAUCUCCACAAUAGUUAUGUUGUCCGACUUGAACGAAGGUCCGCGGAAGUGUCCGCGCUACUGGCCCGACGACGAGACCGACUACGAUCACAUAAGGGUCCGCUACAUUCACAGCGAGAGCUGUCCGUACUACACACGCCGCGAGUUUUGCAUCCUGAACACAAAGACUGACGAGAGCGGGGUAGUGAAACAAUACCAGUACCACGGCUGGCCGACGGUGGAAGGCGAAGUACCUGAGGUGACGCGCGGUCUCAUCGAGCUCGUCGACCAAACGCUCACGAACGACGCCGAGACGAAUGGCUCGCUGGUCGUGCACUGCAGCUACGGCUCGGACCGGAGUUCCAUGUUCGUCGCGCUCAGCAUACUGGUCCAGCAGCUGCGCACCGAGAAGCGAGUGGACAUCUUCACGACGACGAAGAAGCUGCGUUCCCAGAGACACGGCAUGAUCAGCACCUUCGCGCAGUAUGAGUUUCUUCAUCGCGCCAUCGUCAACUACUCGGACCUUCACAACUUGGCCGACGACGAGCCGGUGUCAUAAUGCCCGGGCUAACGCGGACGCUAGACUAUAUGAAAUACUCCGUUUGGUAUUCGGACACCGAUGCGCAAGGACGUUUCCUCGACAAGUGUCCACGAAAGAGAGAGAGAGAGAGAGAGAGAGAGAGAGAGAGAGAGAGAGAGAGUCCACGGACGUUCGAACGAGUGUGUUACGUACGUUCGAACCAACCAAAGAUGAACGAGAGAGAAAAAGAGAGAGCCGCGUCAUCGAUGAACGAUCAUCGCCGUCGUCUCAUCAUCCUCAUCGUCAUC